AUGACCGACGGCGGCGAAAACGGGAAUGCGGCGGCGCCCAGGGGCCCCGCGCGCCGGAGGGGCCCCGUGCGGGCCAGCCUCGACGCCGACGAGUUCAUCGCGCUGAUGCACGGCUCGGAUCCCGUCAGGGUCGAGCUCACCCGCCUCGAGAACGAGCUCAGGGACAAGGAGAGGGAGCUUGGGGAGGCGCAGACGGAGAUACGCGCGCUGCGCCUGUCGGAGAGGGCUCGGGAGAAGGCCGUCGAGGAGCUUACAGAUGAAUUGGAGAAGAUGGCUGAGAAACUCAAGCUGACAGAAUGUCUCCUCGAAAGCAAAAAUCUUGAAGUUAAAAAGAUAAAUGAUGAGAAAAAAGCUGCGUUGGCUGCCCAGUUUGCAGCAGAAGCAACUUUACGAAGAGUACAUGCUGCCCAGAAAGAUGAUGACAUGCCACCAAUUGAAGCCAUUCUUGCACCACUUGAAGCUGAGCUAAAGCUUUCUCGACAGGAGAUUGCAAAGCUCCAGGAUGACAACAGAGCUUUGGAUCGUCUAACAAAACAAAAGGAGGCAGCUUUGCUAGAAGCAGAGAGGACCGUACAAAUUGCUAUGGCAAAAGCUGCUAUGGUUGACGAUUUGCAAAACAAGAACCAAGAGUUGAUCAAGCAAAUUGAGAUCUGCCAUGAAGAAAAUAAAAUAUUAGACAAGCUGCAUCGCCAAAAGAUUGCAGAAGUUGAGAAGCUUAGCCAAACUGUGAGAGAGUUGGAAGAGGCUGUUCUUCAAGGUGGUGCAACAGCCAAUGUUGUUCGAGAUUACCAGCGCAGAUUUCAAGAAAUAAAUGAAGAAAAGAGAACACUUGACCGUGAACUUGCACGUGCAAAAGUUACAGCAAACAGGGUUGCUUCUGUUGUUGCCAAUGAGUGGAAAGAUUCUAAUGACAAGGUGAUGCCAGUUAAACAGUGGCUUGAAGAACGUAGGUUCUUGCAGGGGGAGAUGCAACAACUUCGUGACAAGCUUGCCGUUGCAGAACGUACAGCACGAUCUGAAGCUCAACUGAAGGAAAAAUAUCAGUUACGUCUGAAAGUACUAGAAGAUGGACUAAGGGGGCCACCAAGUGGCUCUAGUCGUCCACCUACUGAAGGAAAGAGCUUUAGCAAUGGCCCUUCCCGCCGGUUAUCACUUGGUGGAGCUGAUAACAUAUCAAAGUUGUCUCCAAAUGGCUUAUUGUCAAGGAGAUCUCCUUCUUUUCAUUCAAGAUCAUCUCUUUCGUCAAACAGCAGCUUGGUUCUGAAGCAUGCUAAAGGCACUUCGAAGUCAUUUGAUGGCGGAACUAGGUCACUAGAUAGGGGAAAGGUCCAUGGAAAUGGAGCUCAUUUACUCAACAGAUCUACAGAUGCUGUUAGAGAUAAAGAGACUAAUGAUAGUUGGAAGGGUGAUAUGGACGAGAUAACUAAUGAUAGUGCAGUCAGCAAUGCAGAUGAGAAAAGUAACGAAACCACAAAUAAUAACUCAGCUGAGACAGUUUCUGGUUUCCUAUAUGAUAUGCUGCAAAAAGAGGUCAUUUCUUUGAGAAAGACAUGCCAUGAAAAGGAUCAGAUUCUAAAAGAUAAAGAUGAUGCUAUUGAGAUGUUAGCAAAGAAAGUAGACACCUUAACCAAAGCAAUGGAAGUGGAAGCUAAAAAGGUCAGACGAGAGGUUGCAGCCAUGGAGAAAGAAGUUGCAGCAAUGCGUGCCAGUAAAGAACAAGAAAUCAGAGCCAAGCGGCUUGGUACGAAAGGCUCUAGUAGUUCACAGCUGCUUCCUGGAAGAUAUUCUCUUAGUUUUUGGAAGUUCUCCAUGGGCUUAGUUUUAUCAUGUUUAUCAUGCCAUGCACAACAAUUUGCGAUACAUGUGAUCCUCGAUAUAAUGUCCUAUUGA